GGAAAAGUUUCUUUGGUGCCAGUGUUCCUCUUUCAAGCUGUGCACGAUGAGUGCCCAUGUCUUUCCAGAAGCUCGUUUGCUGCUGGGCAGAUCUACUGUAUGGACGUGCUUGUUGCCUCUGGAACUGCAUCUUUGCUCCAUGCGUUCUGGGCGUUUGGAGCUUUAGCAUCUACUGCUGUGGAUGUCUGCGAAUCUAUGCUUCUCGGAAUGGGUCAUCCUCUCUCUUCAAGGACCAGACCUUCCCUGCCAGUGCAAAGUCACUGGGUGACCACGAUGAGGAGGUGGUCUGGCUGCGCGCCACCAAGUACGCAAGGACAAAGAGCCUGCAACUCGUCCACGACGGCCUGGACGUGUGUGCCGUUUGCCGAGGCGCCAGUGGUGAAGCAUGGCUCCUCUCUGCGGUGGCCUCCGUGGCUGCCAGGGGUUCCUUGCAUCACCUCUUCGAAUCGCUGGAGCGAACAGCACGAGGAAAGUACAUCUUGAGACUGUUUGAUGGUGCACAUCAACGAUGGCAAAGGAUUACUUUGGAUGAUCGGGUGCCCUGCGAGCGGGAGGCCUAUGAUGAGGAGAAGAGGUUCAAGCCCAUCUUCUUGAAUAGCAAGGACAACGACCUUUUCCUUCUGCUGAUUGAGAAGGCUUUUGCGAAAGUCUUGGGCGGCUACCACCGCCUCAAGGAGGGCUCCACUGCCUGGGCUUUGAGCGCCAUGACCGGCGAUCAGACCAGGAUCUUCGUGCGAGCGGAGGAUGGGAGCUGGGCCAGGAAGGAGCUGGAGGAAGAGUUGGACGACGCGGGUGAGCGGAGCUUGUCGCUCUUCGGAACAGGCGUCGAGCUUUCUCCGGAAGUCCUCUUCGAAGUGCUCCGCAAGUACUGCUUGCUGGAGAGCGUACUGUGCGCGGCCGGCGCCAGUGCCAGCAGCGGGCUCCAUCCCAAGCAGACCUAUGGCAUUCUGGAUGUCCGGAAGGUGCCAGCGGGCUUGAAGUUGGGCGACUGGCUGAAGGUGGUGCAGAUGAGGCACCUGGCCGAAGCGACCCCCUGGCGCAGCCGUGACCCUGAGGUACGAGAGGCAAUGGGUGUCGACGACGAGACGAGCUUUUGGAUGUCUUGGGAGGAGUUUUUGGCCACCUGGCGAACCAUCGCAGUGGUCGAUCUGCCCAGUGGCAUUGAAAGUUUGCGCUUCCAAGUCACUGGUGGAUCCCCAUUGGCACCGGCUGUGGCAUGUCUCGGUGGCUGCACACGCUUCUGGUGUGGCCUUGGAUGUCGCCAUCUCUACUGCCCCUAUCGCGUGGUGCAGAUGGGCGAUGCAUCGAUCUGCAGCGAAGAGCGCACCGUGCUUGGAUUCGGCCUGGAGAAGGAAUGACGCUCGCCGUCUCACCAGACUGAAUCCCAACGUCAGGGCGAACGUUUGUCGAUGGUUUUGCA